UCCCACCAUAGAGAGAGAGAGAGACAGAGAGAAUGGGUUCCAGAUCCUUGUCAGAGAAGCCUCAUGCAGUGUGUAUACCAUUGCCUGCUCAAGGCCACAUCAACCCCAUGCUAAAACUAGCCAAACUCCUCCAUAGCAAAGACUUCCACAUAACCUUCGUUAACACAGAGUUCAACCACAAACGCAUCCUCAAAUCCCGAGGCCCAGACUCGCUCGACGGCCUUCCCACCUUCCGCUUUGAGACCAUACCCGACGGCCUCCCGGAAUCCAACGCCAAUGCCUGCCUGUUGGAGUCCACCAACAAACACUGGUUACCUCCUUUUAAAGACCUUCUUCGCAAACUCAAUGACACUGCUACAUCGAACGUUCCACCGAUCACUUGCAUAGUCUCUGAUGCGAUCAUGUGCUUCACACUCGCAGCUACUGAAGAACUAGCCAUUCCCCAUGUUUCUUUCUGGGCAGCCGGUGCUUGUGGCUUCAUGGGUUUCAUCCAACACCGUAAUCUUGUCGAAAAGGGUUUCUUCCCUGUCAAAGACCCCAAUUCCAUCACAAAUGAGUAUUUGGAUACGAUUGUAGAUUGGAUACCUGGUAUGCAAGGUAUACGCUUAAAGGAUAUCCCAAACUUUAUUUAUUGCGUUAGUCUUGGUGACUUUAUAAUUAAAUUUAUGUCGGAGAUAACUGAGACAGCUCUCAAAUCUUCUGCAAUUAUUUUGAAUACAUUUGAUGAACUGGAGCAUCAAGUUUUGUACUCACUUUCAUCCAUGUUUCCCCCAAUUUACACAAUCGGACCUUUACACUUACUCUUGAACCAAAUCAAGGACGAUAGUUUGAAGUCAAUAGGAUCAAAUUUGUGGAAAGAAAUAACUGAGUGCCUAGAAUGGCUCAACUCUAAAGAACCUAACUCUGUUCUUUAUGUGAAUUAUGGAAGCUUAACUAUAAUGACACAAAAUCAACUGGUUGAGUUUGCUUGGGGACUUGCUAAUAGCAACCAGACCUUUUUAUGGAUAAUAAGACCUGAUCUUGUCACCGGCGACUUAACUGUUAUUCCACCAGAAUUCAUUACAGAGACCAAAGAAAGAAGCUUACUUAUAAGUUGGUGCCCACAAGAGCAAGUUCUCUCCCACCCAUCCAUCGGAGGGUUUUUAACUCAUUGUGGGUGGAACUCCACUAUUGAAAGCAUUUCCAGUGGAGUGCCAAUGAUAUGUUGGCCAAGUUUCGGAGAUCAACAAAUCAAUUGUUGGUAUAGCUGCACUCAGUGGGGGACUGGGAUAGAGAUAAACAAUGAUGUUAAGAGAGAUGAAGUUGAGAGGGUUGUGAGAGAGUUGAUGGUUGGAGGCAAAGGUAAGGAGAUGAAGAAAAGAACCAUGGAGUGGAGGAAAAUGGCUAAAGAGGCAAUAGUGAGUUCAUCAGCUUCAUCUUUCUCAAAUCUAGAGAAAAUGAUUAAGCAAUUAGUUCCUAUCAAACGUUAGGGUAAUUAAAGUAACUACUUUACAAAUAUUAUCUUCUAUUGUAUUUCAAUAUAUUGUUUCGUUAUGGGAUGUGUAGUUUAUGUAUAUUGUUGGUUAUUGAUAUUGUAAUUUAAAAAAAAAUUUACUACAUGUCAUGGUUUAGCUCAUCUGGAUCAUGUAUGACAGAACA